UUAUCAUUAGAGAGAAGAAGAGAGAAAAAUGGAGAAUGUUCAAAACAAAAGAAGAGCAAUGGCUGUGAUUGAGACAAGUUUCGAAGCACUUCCUUUAGAGAUACAAACGGAGAUACUGUCACGUUUGCCUCUGAAAACCUUGGCAAAAUGCAUCUGCACCUCAAAGAAAUGGGCGUCUCUUAUCCGCACAAAAGAAUUCACAAAUCUUUUCUUGAGCCGAUCGACAACAAAGCCUCGAUUGCUAUUUGCGGUCUAUCAAGAUCAAAUAACCAAGAGUGAGGUGUUGUUUCAGUCUGUUUAUCAAGAUGAGGAACCAUUGUUGUCUUCUGGUCUGCAACAAGUGCUUCUUUCUCCAGACCCAGGAUACGUGGCUUCUUCACCCGUCCGAGGUUUAAUCUGUCUUCGUUUAAAAACAAAGUUUAUGAUUUUCAACCCGGGUACGAACAAGGGUCAGGAUUUAACUGAGAUCCCAGUGCCAAAAGAAAGCACACCCCUAAUGUUUUUCUUCGGAUACGAUGAACUCAAAGAUGUGUACAAGGUGUUAUGCAUAGCAGAAGUGACCAAGGAAGAACAACAUAUUUUCACGAUAGGAACGAACGAAGCAGAUUGGAGACGGAUCACAUGUGAGCAUCAACAUUCUCCAACUCCUACUGCACAAGGUCUAUGUAAAGAAGGAGUUUUGUACUAUCGAGCUAGGUCCAGUACUGGCAGAGGUCUGGUAAUGAUGUUCAACAUGAGGUCUGAAGGGUUUAGUGUCACUGAGUUACCUGAGGACAUGAACAUUGAGAAUGGUUGGGAUGUGUCGCAUUGCAGAGGUGAUCUUGGUUGGGAACUGGUGAAUUACAAUGGUGAUCUUGCCUUAGUGGAUGACUCUCAAUUUUCACGUGAAGUUGUGUACGAGUGGAAUUGGAAAAAAGUCUUUCACAUAUGGGUUAGAAAUGAAGCCGCAGGAACCUGGUCAAAGAACCACAUUGAGAUCCUUCUUUUUUAAAAAAUAUUUGAUGAGCCUACGCCGUAUUUUUUCAGAGGUACCACCAGAACAGGAAAACUUGUUUUCUCAAUGAAGCACUAUUUGCGAUAUAAUUAUGGCAAAAGCCCACUCUGUGUUUUCUAUUACGAUCCAAAGGCAAAAGAUCUCACAAAAUAUAUUUUUCAAGGAGUAAAGAUGGGUCAUUGUCUUCGAUGCUACUUGGAUCAUGUUGAUACUCCUAUGCUUAUUUGAAGGAGCACAUGAGUUGGUGGUCGUCCAUUGGACUAUUGAAGUAUCCGAAACUGGUUUGUUUAAUGCUAAAUAAUAAUGUUAGUCUCUCGACUAAUAAUACUAUAUCUUAUGGGGAUUGUUCGUUUUCGUGUCUAUUAUCGUUUGAUCUUCAUUUAUGCUAAAUAAAUAAUAUAUGUCUAUUUCAUAUGUAAACGCUACGAUAGUGGCGUUUCUUUAACUCUGUUUCUCUGGCCGCGGGAGCUUUUUCAUAAAAUAAA